AGUGUUAAUCAUCAUUAUCAUUUUCGGAGUAUUGUCUCGGAUAGCGUCACCGUGUGCUUAUUAAAAGCUGCGGCAUUGAAGUGAUGGCUUAUAUCGAACUGAGGUAGAGUGCGUACAGGACGGGCCGAGUAAGUCGGCUGGUGUCGAUCGCGACCUGCCUGGUUAUAUAAAUAGGUGAAGAGGGGCAGCAAGCACCUCUUGCACUUUCUUGUAGAGCGCGACGCUACGGCCAGUCUCCGCCGAGCGCCAUGGCUCGACACCCGUUCCUAUGUCUGGGGGUGCUACUGCUCGCCUAUACUGUAAUCAAUGCAACGCGCGUGAAACGUCAAGAGGAGGAAGGCGGUGAUGAUGUGACCGCCGAGCAGCUGUGCGACGGCCGCCCCGGUGAUGAGUACUUCCGAUUGACCACCGACGGAGACUGCCGUGAAGUAGUCAGGUGCACUAGGUCAGGUCUUAAACAGAUCACGUGCCCGUCGGGACUCAGUUUUGAUCUCGAUAAACAAACCUGCGACUGGAAGGGUAAAGUGACCAACUGUGACAAACUUGAGAAGCCACGAAAGGUAAUGCCUAUUCUAAAAACCGACGAACCUAUCUGCUCUGAAGGAAAACUUGCAUGCGGCAGUGGAGAUUGUAUGGAAAAAGAACUGUUUUGCAAUGGAAAGCCUGACUGCAAAGACGAAUCUGAUGAAAAUGCUUGCACUGUCGAAUUAGACCCCAACAGAGCGCCGGACUGCGACACCAACCAGUGCAGACUUCCCGACUGCUUCUGCUCCGCUGACGGCACUCGUAUUCCCGGUGCCAUCGAACCCAAUCAAGUUCCCCAGAUGGUGACAAUCACUUUUAACGGAGCUGUCAACGUCGACAACAUUGAUUUAUACGAGCAAAUAUUUAACGGCAACCGUCAUAAUCCUAAUGGCUGUCAAAUCCGUGGUACAUUCUUCGUUUCGCACAAAUACACAAACUACGCUGCCGUGCAAGAAUUACACCGCAAAGGUCACGAAAUUUCAGUUUUCUCAUUGACACACAAAGAUGAUCCCCAGUACUGGACCAGUGGCAGCUACGACGACUGGUUAGCUGAAAUGGCUGGAGGUCGUCUCAUUAUUGAACGUUUUGCCAACAUUACCGAUGCCUCUAUCAUUGGUGUUAGAGCGCCAUACUUGAGAGUCGGCGGUAACAAACAAUUCGAAAUGAUGGCUGAUCAAUACUUUGUGUAUGACGCUUCGAUUACCGCUCCCCUAGGUCGUGUCCCCAUUUGGCCCUACACGCUCUAUUUCCGUAUGCCACACAAAUGUAACGGCAACGCGCACAACUGCCCGUCAAGGAGCCACCCAGUCUGGGAAAUGGUAAUGAAUGAACUAGACCGAAGAGACGAUCCCACUUUCGAUGAAUCUUUACCAGGUUGUCACGUAGUCGAUUCUUGCUCAAACAUCCAGACCGGUGAACAGUUCGCGAGACUUCUGCGUCACAACUUCAACCGCCACUACACAACCAACCGUGCCCCUCUUGGUCUACACUUCCACGCCUCAUGGCUUAAAUCUAAGAAGGAAUUCAGAGAUGAGCUCAUCAAGUUCAUAGAAGAAAUGUUGGAGAAGAAUGAUGUAUAUUUCACAUCUCUCAUUCAAGUUAUUCAGUGGAUGCAGAAUCCAACUGAACUUUCGCAACUCAGAGACUUCCAAGAAUGGAAACAAGACAAAUGCGACGUCAAAGGUCAACCUUUCUGCUCCUUACCAAACGCCUGUCCAUUAACAACUCGGGAGUUACCAGGGGAGACGCUACGUCUCUUCACUUGCAUGGAAUGUCCCAACAACUACCCGUGGAUAUUAGAUCCUACGGGAGAGGGAUUCAACGUAAGGAAGUGAUCUCUAUAAGUAAAAUUUAAAAGACUGUACACAUGUAAAUAAUACUCAAUAAUAUUAAUAGAUUCUACAUUUAUUGUGACUGUGUGGCAGGGACAACCGAAGUCAACUUAUAAGUUUUUUGUUAUAAUUCGUUUGAUUGUUUUUAUUUAAGCCGUCAAUAAAAUAAAAUACCUACUUGGAAGUUGAUAUUUGGACAGUGCUUUAUAUAUUUUGCCACCGCUUCACAUUUUACACAAAGAUAGAUAAUAAUCGUAAUGUUUCAUUAUGUUAUUUAGAUUAUUACAAUCUUAUGGACAAAAUUAAAUAAGUAUAAAUUGGAA